GUGUGUGCCGGUGUGUUAGAGCGCGGUGAGCGCGCGCGGCAGCGACAUGAGCAGAGUCUCGCGCGCGCGUCCGGUUGAUCAUGGAGCUGUGUGAGGCGCUGCUGUGGAUUUUAUUCCUGAUCAGAGUGAAGGAGUGUGUGUGUGAGGAAGUGGUGUUGCUGAAUUCGAAAGAGUCCCAGGCAGAACUGGGCUGGACGUCUUAUCCUGCAAAUGGAUGGGAGGAGAUCAGCGGCGUGGACGAGAAGUACAAACCGAUCCGCACAUACCAGGUGUGUAACGUGAUGGAGCCGAACCAGAACAACUGGCUGCGGACGGGGUGGAUCGGCCGGCGUGGAGGUCAGCGCAUCUUCGUGGAGCUGCAGUUCACGCUGCGUGACUGUAACAGCAUUCCGGGUGUAGCGGGAAGCUGCAAGGAGACGUUCAACCUGCUGUACGCCGAGUCGGACCGGGCGCUGGGGGGCCACGACGACGACGAGGCGCGCUACAGUAAGGUGGACACCAUCGCCGCUGACGAGAGCUUCACGCAGGGCGACCUGGGCGAGAGGAAGAUGAAGCUGAACACGGAGGUGCGUGAGAUCGGGCCGCUGACGCGCCGCGGUUUUCACCUGGCCUUCCAGGAUGUUGGUGCGUGCGUGGCCAUCGUCUCUGUGCGAGUUUAUUACAAACGCUGCCGCGCCGCCGUGCAGAACCUCGCGGUCUUCCCCGACACGGUGGCCGAGGCCGCCUUCGCCACGCUGGUGGAGGUCCGGGGCGUCUGCGUCAACAACUCCGAGCCAGAUGCCACAGACUCACCUCCCAGGAUGCACUGCAGUGCUGAGGGGGAGUGGCUUGUGCCCAUCGGGAGGUGCAGCUGCAGCGCCGGCUACGAGGAAGGACACAGUAGCUGUGAAGCUUGUCCACCGGGCACCUAUAAGAUGUCUUCCCAGCAGCAGGAGUGUUUAGCGUGUCCCGCUCACAGCGUGGCCGAGGACGAGGGCUCCGUGGUGUGCGUGUGUGAAGAGAGCCACUUCCGAACACUGCUGGAUCCCCCGUCGGCUCCCUGCACACGACCGCCCUCUCCUCCACGAGAUUUGCUCUUCACCCUCAAACAGUCCACGCUCAUCCUGGAAUGGGCAGCUCCGGCGGAAACGGGCGGCCGCGGUGACGUGAGCUACAGCGUGGCGUGUCAUCGCUGCGUCUCCGGGCCGCGGGAACACUGCGAGCCGUGCGGCGCCAACGUGGGCUUCGUGCCUCAGCAGAGCGGCCUGAGCGGCCGUACGGUCACCGUGCUCAACCUGCUGCCCAACACCAACUACACCUUCAGCGUGGAGGCCAGGAACGGCGUGUCUGAGCUGCUGCCCAACAAACGCUUCUACAUCCAGGUCAACAUCUCCACCAGCCUGCCAGCCUCCUCUCAGGUCAGUGAGUUGCGGGUGGAGAAGAUCGAGCAGCGCAGUGUGACUCUGGCGUGGAGAGACUCGGCCAACGCCAGCAACAGCCGAACAGAAUACGAGAUCAAAUACUACGAGAAGGAGCAGAAGGACCAGAGUUACUCCACAGUGAAAACUGCAGCUACCAAAAUCAGCGUGAACAACCUGAAACCUGGCACCACCUACGUCUUCCUGAUCCGCACCUGUUCCAGCCCCGCCCCUUCCUCUCUCUCCUCCUCUCCGUCUUCCACCUCUUCCUCAUUGCUCCUCUCUUCCUCUUCACCACCACCACCACAACCUUCAUCAUCAUCAUCAUCGUCUUCAGCCUCUGUGCCUGCUGCUCCUCCCUCUCCGCCUCCUCUAGACUACGGGGCCUUCAGUGCGCCGCUCGAGCUGCAGACACUCGGAGAGUUGGCCCUGGCGUCGAGUGAGCAGAGUCCGGUGGUGAUUCUAGUGGUGGUGUCAGUAGCUGCUCUCAUCAUGCUGCUGUCUCUCGGACUGGGACUCCUCAUCUGGAGGAGACACUGUGGCUACAGUAAAGCCAACCAGGAGGGAGACGAGGAGCUGUACUUCCAGUUUAAGAUCCCGACCCGGAGGACGUACAUCGACCCGGAGACGUGUGAAGACCUCCUGCAGGCUGUCCACACCUUCGCCAAAGAGCUGGACAACUCCAGUGUCAAGAUCGACCAGAUCCUCCACACGGGUGAUUUUGGCGAGGUGUGCCGCGGCUGUCUGAAGCUGCCCAGUAAGCGUGAGCUCCCGGUGGCCAUCAAGACCCUGCGGAGCGGCUGCUCGGAGAAACAACGACGCUCCUUCCUGUGUGAGGCGGGAAUCCUGGGCCAGUUCGACCACGCCAACAUCAUCCGUCUGGAGGGCGUCAUCACCAGAGGUAACACCAUGAUGAUUGUGAUGGAGUGUAUGACCAGUGGUUCCCUGGAUUCUUUUCUACGGAAACAUGAAGGUCAGUUGAGUGUGCUUCAGCUGGUGGACCUGCUGAGCGCUGUGGCCUCAGGGAUGAAGUACCUGACAGAGAUGGGCUUCAUCCACCGGCGUCUCGCGGCCCACAAAGUGCUGAUCAACAGCAGCCUGGUGUGUAAAGUCUCGGGCUUCAGACCCCUGCAGGAGGACAAGAUGGAGGCUGUUUACACCACACUGCAUGCUGGGAAGAGUGUGGUGUUGUGGACGGCCCCUGAGGCCAUCCAGUACCACAGGUACAGCUCCGCCUCCGACGUCUGGAGCUUCGGCAUCGUCAUGUGGGAGGUGAUGUCAUUCGGAGAGAGACCUUACUGGGACAUGGGCAGCCAAGACGUGAUCAAAGCGAUCGAGGACGGUUUCCGGUUGCCAGCUCCUCUGAACUGCCCCACAUCUCUGCACCAGUUGAUGUUGGACUGCUGGCAGAAGGAGCGGACGGAGCGGCCCAGCUUCACUCAGAUCCACAGCGCUCUCAGUAAAACCAUGCGCAGCCCCGACAACAUUGGCUCGUCCACGCUAACACACAGGACACUAGCCUCGUCCUCCAUCUCUCUGGCCGAGAGGACGCUAGCCGAGAGAACCCUGAUGGAGAGAACCUUGGCUGAGAGAACACUGCCAGAGAGGACGCUAGCCGAGAGAACUCUGGCCAACAGAACCCUGGCUGAAAGGACACUAGCAGAGAGGACGCUAGCUGAGAGGACGCUGGCCGAGAGAACCCUGGCCGAGAGGACACUAGCCGAGAGGACCCUGAUGGAGAGAACCUUGGCUGAGAGAACACUGCCAGAGAGGACGCUGGCUGAGAGGACAUUAGGUGCUAGGAGCCUGGCCGAGAACACCCUGAUGGAAAGAACGCUGCCAGAGAGAACCCUGGCGGAGAGAACUCUUCCAUCUUUCCCCUCGUUCAGUUCGGUAGGCGAGUGGCUCGAGGCUGUGGAUUUGGGUCGCUACAAGGACAACUUCACCGCCUCGGGAUACUGCUACCUGGAGUCCGUCGCCCGCAUGAACGUCCAGGACGUGCUCAGUCUAGGUGUCACCUCUCUGGAGCAUCAGAAGCAGCUGCUGACGGCCAUUCAGACUCUCAGAGCACAAGUCAUACAGAUGCACGGCCGUGGAGUGCAGGUUUAGCGCACGCAAACACACUUACACACACACAC